GAUAUGAGCUGCCGGCUUCCUGUUAGCCGUUAGCGAACACGUGCUUCGCUGUUGUGAAGAUGAGCGUGGACCUGAGCCGGACUCCCCGAACCCUGCUGGUGUGUGAGCGCUCCAGCUUCCUGGACGACCAGAACCGCCUCAGCACGCAGGUGGAGCAGAUGCACUUCAACCACAAGGUGUCUGUUCUGCUGCCCGAGUGUAGCUCCGCCCCCUCCCACCUGGAGCCAGUGUUGAGCGGUUUCAGCAGUUUCUACCUGAUCAGGAAUCUGCAUGUCUACGAGCUGCUGAAUGAGGACUUCCUGCGGAGCGCCGUCUACCAGGGAAGUGUGUGCGGCCUGUCCUACGGGACACGGAUCGAUGAGGAUAACUGCGUCGCUCUGACACCAAACGGUCGCCUGACUCUGUCCUUGGACAAAGACUCGUUUGAGACGUUGGGCUUCGAGGGGAAACCGUCCUCAUUCACCCACAAACGCCGCAGCAGAUUUGUGGUGUCGGUGGACUUGACAGACAAAAGCAUGGCUCCCAGUGGGCGGGGCAAUCUGAGGCUCCUUGAAGGUCUGAAGUCCCGCCUCCAGCUGCGGACAGACUUCCUGGUGUCACAUCAUCCAGGGGGAGGGGCUUCUCUGCAGCCCCUCCUGUCCCGUUGUGAUUGGUCGGAGCACAGACCUGAGAUCAGCCGCCGAACCCUGACAGAUCUGUCGUGCCCCGUCCCUCAGUCAUGUGACCCUCACAGCCUCCUGGAGUGGCUUGGUGUCGUGGACGCCGACAUCAGCAGCGAGAACUCGUCCAGCAGCUUUCUGUCGACGCUCGUUUGUCCGGAACCGAAGACUAAGCUAGCUCAUGCUCUGAGCGUGUGUGUGAGCGGCCUGUUGCACCCGCAGGACGUCCACCGGCUCAUCCAGCACCUCAGGACUCACCUGGACCAGUCCUGGCUGUCCGUGACUGUACACGGCUUCGCCGACAGUCCUGUGAGCUGGGGCGACCGCGAGCACGGCUUCCUGCUGGGGGGCGAGAACUUCUACAACUUGGUCAUGUUUCCCGACCAAAGCUACCGCCUCCACCUGGCCGUGGGGGCGCACGACGCCUGCCCCCCGUGAUGCCGACCCACCUGUCCACGCUGAACCCCAGCAGCAGGUUCCAAUCCCGUUUCUGCUUUGAAGGUGCCGGCCGACUCUGGUUCUGGCACCCAGACCCAACAACCACUUCAGAACCGGACCUCUCAGCUAACCAGAGUUAAGGACCUGGAUGGUCACAGAACAGACUGGUCCGCUCCAGACUCCUGCAGGGGAAUUGAAACGGAACCAAAGUGGAAGUACCCGGGGACCCUGAGCUCGGGCUGAGGACCAGGAUGUUCACUUUGUCUAUGAAUUUGAGUUAUUGUUAAAAAGAGUCUACAUUUAAUUUAAAUGAAGUUUGUAAUAUGGUUUGAGACAGUGUAAUGGAGAAUGACUGAUGCUCAGAAGAGUCCUGAUAGGUCACUGUGGUCAUGUGAUGAAGUUCUGCAGAGGACCGUGUGGGAGGUGACGCUGUAGUCUGGUUGGAGAAAAAUCAACCUGAUAAAUGACUUCUGGCACGUUUUUGGUUUUGAAUCCUUACAGAAUGUUUUAUUUUUCAUAUAACUUGUUUUCAGGCCAUCUAGCUGCCACAUCAAGAGAUGAACGAGUCAAUAAAUGGAAAAUAAGUUUUAAAAGGCGGUCUUGUGUGGACUUUAGAGACAUUUAGCACAAUUUACAUCUUUAUAAUCAAACCCAACAUGUCUCCACGUGAGGUUAGCCCUGCCCCCUUACAUCCGUUCGUGCAUGCAGCGUUAAUGUUUCUCACAUUGACUCAGCUGACAUCCAGCAUCGCUGUAUUGAAUUGAAUUCUGUGCAUCGUAAUGGCCAUUUGGAGGAAAUAAAGGAUCAAGACUGUACGAUCAAAGAGUUACGAUCAAAGUGAAACUACUAUUGUAGUGCUGAUUAUUAUGAACACAGAAAAAUACGUAACUACAUUUAGCUUUCUUAACCCACGCUGCAUCCACUGGUGUUAGCAUGCUAAACCUACACCAAAGAUACUCUAUACAGAAGACAACAUUGACAGUAAAAGUUACUGCCAAUGGUAUAUACUUCUGGUCUAAGUGGGCGUGGUCACCCCUCUCCCCAAAUCGUUUUGG